AUGGCGGUGCUGCGCCUGCACCUGUACCUCACUGCCUUGGGCUUCUGGAUGACACAGCAGUCCAGCUCCUUCCUGCUGCCCAAUGCCACCGAGCUCCUGUCCCCCCCCGGGGGCAGAGCCGUGGGCCUGCUGUGGGGCGUGGGGGUCCCCCGGAGCCGUCGGAAGCGAUACCUCUCCCCUCGCGACAUGAGUGUCAUUUUGGACUAUCACAACCAAGUGCGGGCACAGGUGACCCCCCCCGCCGCCAACAUGGCGUAUAUGAACCUCUCCAUCCACUCGGGCAGGUACCGCUCCGUUGUGGACAUGGUGAAAUCGUGGCACCAGGAGAAGCAGCACUACUCCUUCCCCCAGCCCCGCGA